AAUGCCACCGCUUGAGACGCAUUAAAGCAGCAGGAGCGUUCAUCGUUAAAAUGGCAAUUGCGACCCAGGCAAUAAAUUUUAACAUCAUAAAAGGCGCGGGGAGGGUCUCGCUCAUCUGUUGCUCUUCAAAGAAAAGUGUUAGUUGCUUCCGAAAAAAUUGGGAAGAAGCAGCUUGAAGCGCAGAGAUGAAAGUAACCCAAAAAGCCCCAGAAAAAGGCAGCCGUAAAAUCACGCUGCCCGGACGUCCCCCUCUCCCUUCCGACCGGUGCUGCUGCCCUGGGGGCUCCCACCGCCGAGCCCCUGCUCCAGGCACCGUGGGGAUGUGGGCGCUGGCCCGUGGGUGCUGGGGCAAGAUGCAGGCGAGUGCCACGGCCCCGCGAACACGAGCCUCGAGACAUGACCAGAGCCGAGCGGCCGGUGGCCGUUGCCUUCAGCCCUUCUAAAAAUAACAGCUACGAGCACCACCAGCGCCAUGCGUCUAACUGGAACCAGCUUUCGAAACUCCCAGCUGGAAGCAGGUUUCAAAGUGUAUGUGAGCCUUUCUGGGAAAGAGCAAUUAAAAAUAGCGAACAACUGAAAGCCGAGCCUCUGCCGCAGGUCCUGCACGUGCCCAGGGUGGCAAUGGAGAGCCUGGUUUGUCAGAGCAGGCGUUUCUUACUGCUCGUCGUGGGGAGGCUUAGAACGAGGGCUGGAGGGGUGCUGUGGGCUGGGGCUGCCCCUCGCUGCCUCCUGCGUGCCCACAGCACGGUGCCCAUCCCGGGGGCACGGGGGGCACGGCAGCCGGAUGGGCGGCGGCGGCGGCUCCCACGCCGGAGCCCUGCCAGCAAGAGCCCACUCGGGUGGUUUAUUCCAGCAUUUUCCCCAGCUGGCUGCCAGCACAUUUGGGCUGGAGCUGGCAAGCGGCGUGCAGAGCUGGGGCCACAUCCAGGCUGGAGCACAGCAGGGCAAGGCCAGGCUGUUCCGGGGGGAUUUGAUGGAGCCACAUCCUACGGGGUCAGGAAAGAUGGCAGGGGAAGUGCUCCAAGCAUCCCACGUGGGCUUCAGUCCACUCCUCGUGGGUGCUCAGAGCAGAGGCAAGGGCAGAGGCAGGAGGACAUGCGGUGCCUUGGCAGCACCACCACCAGACCCUGCACCCCUUGGGCAGCUCCACGGGGCUGCUCUGUCCCCAGGCUGUGUGUCGCCUGCCGGCCUUGUCCCCAGUCUGCUCGCAUCUCCUCCCACAGCCCUAACAAGAGCAACUGGGGCCACCGCAGAGUCCCUGGAGCUCCCCCGAUGGCAGCUCCCUUGGUACUCGUUUCCUCUCCGCUGCGUUCGCACUGCUAUGUCCUAAUUCCCUAACGAAGGGCCCGCGCGAGAGGAAGUCUUGCGGAAGCCCAUCCUGGCAGCAGCCUUCCUGCUACCAAUCAGCUCAUCAGCCCCUUCAUAAAAUGAUUUCCUAGGGGCUGGACGAGAUCCGUUUCAUGUAUUUGGGCUGGCAUAAAGCACGGACCUCUCCUUCCCGUUUCUACGCAAUAGGUCCCCAGUUCUCCUCCCACCAAUUUUGUGCUUAUCAAGGUCACAAACCAGGGUGUCCCAUUCCUUCCUUUAAAAUGCUGGCAAAACGCUCCGUUUUUCCUGCACCAUCAGCAUGUGGUGGAUCCCAAGGUGCCCCGAGCUACUCAAGGGCUCCCAGCGUGCUGAGCCUCGCACCAGUGCCUGAGGUCCUGCUGGUGCCCGUGAAGACGGAGCUGUCUUGUCAACGUCCUGGGAUACCUGCUGUCCUGUGUGAGAUGGGUUUCCAAACACAAGCGGGAACGUCCAUCGCUGCAGCUUCUCCUCAGUCAUGCACUAAGGCUUGGCCCUUCCCUGGUGAUGCUAGUGAACAUAAAGCCCUCUCCCUUUUCCAUUUUGCUGCGGUCUGGAGGGGUCCUGUACCCCUUGUCAUCCCUUAACCAUUUUCUCUAGCACCUACUGACUUCUCUCCCUUACAGCCUGGUAGCAGCCUUCGAACACAAGAAGAACGGGGGUGAUGUGAUGGUCUGUGCGCGGAGCCACGGAGGCCCCCAACCACGCAGCGAGGCCAGCCUCGGCACGCAGCCUCCCAAGGACGUGGGAAGGCUUGCAGUGCCGGAGCAGCCCCAGGGCUGCGCAGGAGCUGGGGGAGCAGACAGAUGAACUGACACGGCCAAGGCUGUGCGGUUGGUUGGGAAUAGAUCUGCCAUCGCCUGGCGUGUGCUCAGCCCGGCUGCCUGUUAUCCAUCUUGCAAGCUGCCAGUUUUAACAAUGGACAUGCUGUCAAUUCUCCAUAAUAAAAUCCUUCCUCCACAUA